AUGUUGCAAGAGAUGUGGAAUGCUCCUCCAGGUUUCAGACCAUCGAAAUCUGCACCUUCUUCACCUGCCAAACCUCUCGGCGUUUCUAGAACUCGUUCGGAAUCUUUUCACAUCACUCAUAAGGUUCCUGUUGGGGACUCUCCUUAUGUCAGAGCCAAAAACGUUCAGUUGGUGGAUAAGGAUCCGGAGAGAGCGAUUCCGUUGUUUUGGGCGGCGAUAAAUGCGGGAGAUAGAGUGGAUAGUGCUUUGAAAGAUAUGGCUAUUGUUAUGAAGCAACAAAAUAGGGCUGAAGAAGCCAUUGAAGCUAUUAAAUCACUUAGAAUUAGAUGCUCGGAUCAAGCACAAGAAUCCCUUGAUAAUAUCCUUUUGGAUCUUUACAAGAGAUGUGGGAGACUUGAUGACCAAAUUGCUCUAUUGAGGCACAAGCUGUAUUUAAUCCAACAAGGGUUGGCUUUCAACGGCAAACGCACAAAGACGGCUAGAUCUCAAGGGAAGAAGUUUCAAGUCUCAGUGGAACAAGAAGCCACUAGAUUGUUGGGAAACUUGGGAUGGGCACUGAUGCAACAAAACAACUACGUUGAAGCAGAAGAAGCCUAUCGUCGUGCGCUUACGCUAGCUCCGGACAACAACAAAAUGUGCAAUUUAGGAAUUUGUUUGAUGAAACAAGGAAGAAUUUCUGAAGCAAAGGAAAAUCUGCAUAGAGUCAAACCUGCAGUUACAGAUGGGCCAAGAGGUUCAGAUUCUCAUCUGAAAGCCUAUGAAAGAGCACAACAAAUGCUCAAAGAUCUCGAAUCCGAAAUGAUGAACAAAGGAGGAGUUGAUAGGGUUGAACAAAGUAGGCUCUUUGAAGCUUUUCUUGGUUCUUCAUCAAUUUGGCAACCUCAGCCUUGUAAGGAUCACGUCCACACGAGUUUGCCACCAAUCCGAACAACAACAGCAUCAACAACAACAAUUCAAGAUGAAUUUGGUGAUGAAAACGUUAAUUCCAACAUAGUGAAAAACCAAACAUCAAAGUUUGGUCCUUUGGUUAACAACAACAACUCACUUAAUGUUGCGGCUCCACCAUUUUAUGCAGCACCAAAAACCUCUUUGAAGGAGUCAACUGAGAAUUUGAAUUUCUCAGAGACACUUAAGAGAACAAGAUCCGGAAAUGCUGCAGGAUCAAUGAGAGUAGUGAAUGAUAUGAGCAAGGUGAAUGCUGCAGAAUUAGGUGUGCCUGUGCCUGGAAGCAAAGCAAGAAGGCUUUCGUUUGAGAAGAAUAAGUUGUGUGAUUUGUUACCUGAUACUAAGGAUUUUGAAGAUGCUAUUCUGUCUUCUAUUUUGGGGUCUUCAAACGAGUCCAAUGAAUCUACUACCACCACUUCUGGGAUUUUGACUAAAAAAUCUGACAAGAGGAGGCUUAAGGUUUUUGAAGAUAUUACAUUAUCUUUGAGUCCCAAGGCUUGA